UUCCAGAUCAAGAAGGGAGCUCUCUGCUGUGCCUGCUGCAGUCCUGAUAUCCAACCCCAGGAAACAAAACCGUGACAUUAUACAACAACUGAGGCCACUGAGGUCUGCUUCCUGUGUUGACCAUGGCCGUGUGGAGCUGCCUGGUGACAGGAGCAGGAGGGUUUCUGGGCCAGAGGAUCAUCCGCUUGUUGGCUCAGGAGAAAGAGGUGAAGGAGAUCAGGGCCUUGUUCAGGUCCUUCACUCCAAAACACAAGGAGGAAUUAUCCAAGCUGCAGACAAAAGCCAAGGUGACAGUGCUGAGGGGAGACAUUCUGGAUGCCCAGUGCCUGAGGAGAGCCUGCCAGGGCGUCUCUGUUGUCAUCCACACCGCUGCUUCCAUUGACAUCUUGGGUGCCAUUCCCAGACAGACCGUCUUGGAUAUCAACCUGAAAGGUACAGUGUCUCAGGAGGAUAUGGAGAGCUUGGGAAAAUUAGAAUGUUGGAGCCUUCCUCUGCCCCUGCUCUACUGGCUUGCUUUCCUGUUGGAAACUGUGAGCUUCCUGCUGCGUCCAAUCUACAAUUACCAGCCUCCUUUUAAUCGCUAUAUGGUCACAAUAUUAAAUACUGUGUUCACCUUCUCCUACAAGAAAGCUCAGCGAGAUCUGGGCUAUGAGCCACCUGUCAGCUGGGAGGAAGCCAGACAGAAAACUUCUCAGUGGAUCGGGUCACUAGUGGAGCAGUACAAGGAGACACUGAACACAAAGACUCAGUAAUGUGAGCAUGGCAGGGACAUGGCCCUGAAAUUGUCAGGUCCUCCAGAAAGGGUCUAAGACACAACCCAUCUCCUACACUUCCCUUUGACACACUGGCCAACUUGUCUUCUGGUCACCAAAGCCUUGCCAGGCACUGACCCAGUCCCAAACUUUUGCCCUGAGCACUUGCCCAGAGACACACAGGCUGUGUGCUAUGUGCCUCAGCUGCUGUGACCAAAGGCUCAGUUUCUGGUGGUGAACUGAGCAGAGCCUCCUGUAACUUAGAAUUUCAUCAGUGUUUCCAUUUCCCCUCUCACAGUUCCAAAGCAUUGCUUGUCUGAGAAAAUUCCCAUUGCUUCCUGAAGCUCAAAGAAAGAACAAUAAAAAGGUUUCAUGCCUAA